GUGGGGAGAGAGGACUGGGACUGUGCCGGAGGCCGUGGACCGAGACGUCUCAGGUGACCCCUGGGAAGGCCGGGAGGUUAGAAAGGAGCCGAGCGCCUGCACGAAAAGAGGGACCUGCUGGGAAGUCCCCCCCCCCCCCACCUGAGCCGGGAACUCAAGCUGCGUGUUCCCCUGCGUUGUGGCUGGGUGGCCGCGUCCGCGCGCUAACCAUGAGGAUCCGGAUGGCCGUGAGGAAGACCUGGGUAGGAAAGAGCUGCCUCCUGCUGGCGCUUUUAGCAGUGGCCUAUGUCCUUGUGGAGUUCUCGGUCUCCACUUUCCAUGCCUCCCCAGGAGCCGGCCAUACCAGGGAGCGGGUCUCAAGACGGCUCUCAGACCUGGAGAAAAAUGCAGAGGAUUUGUCUCGACCACUUUAUGAGAAGCCCCCUGCAGAUUCCCAUGCACUUGGGGAGUGGGGGAAAGCCAGCAAACUCCAGCUCAACGAGGGUGAACGGAAGCAGCAAGAAGAACUCAUUGAGAGAUAUGCCAUCAAUAUUUACCUUAGUGACAGGAUUUCUCUGCACCGCCACAUAGAGGAUAAAAGAAUGUAUGAGUGUAAAUCCAAGAAAUUCAACUAUAGGAGACUUCCCACCACCUCUGUUAUCAUUGCUUUCUAUAAUGAAGCCUGGUCGACUUUACUGCGCACCAUUCACAGUGUUUUAGAAACUUCUCCUGCAGUCCUCUUGAAGGAGAUCAUCUUGGUGGAUGACUUGAGUGACAGAGUUUAUUUGAAGACACAACUUGAAACUUAUAUCAGCAAUCUUGAUAGAGUCCGCUUGAUUAGAACCAAUAAGCGUGAGGGGCUGGUUAGGGCCCGCCUGAUUGGGGCCACUUUUGCCACUGGUGAUGUCCUCACCUUCUUGGAUUGUCACUGUGAGUGUAAUUCUGGUUGGCUGGAACCACUUUUGGAAAGGAUCAGUAGAGAUGAAACAGCAAUUGUUUGUCCUGUUAUAGAUACCAUUGAUUGGAAUACUUUUGAAUUCUAUAUGCAGACAGGGGAGCCCAUGAUUGGUGGAUUUGACUGGCGUUUAACAUUCCAGUGGCAUUCUGUCCCCAAACAUGAAAGGGACAGGCGGGAAUCGAGAAUUGACCCCAUCAGAUCACCCACCAUGGCUGGAGGAUUGUUUGCUGUCAGCAAGAAAUAUUUUCAGUACCUUGGAACAUAUGAUACUGGAAUGGAAGUGUGGGGAGGUGAAAAUCUCGAGUUGUCUUUUAGGGUGUGGCAGUGUGGUGGUAAAUUGGAGAUCCACCCAUGUUCCCAUGUGGGCCAUGUAUUCCCCAUGCGGGCACCGUAUGCUCGCCCCAAUUUCCUACAGAAUACUGCUCGGGCAGCAGAAGUGUGGAUGGAUGAGUACAAAGAGCAUUUCUACAAUCGAAACCCUCCAGCAAGGAAAGAAGUGUACGGUGAUAUUUCUGAAAGAAAAUUACUACGAGAACGGCUGAGAUGCAAGAAUUUCGACUGGUAUUUGAAAAAUGUGUUUUCCAAUUUACAUGUUCCGGAGGAUAGGCCAGGCUGGCAUGGGGCUAUUCGCAGUAUGGGGAUCUCUUCUGAAUGUUUAGAUUAUAAUUCUCCUGACAACAACCCCACAGGUGCUAACCUUUCACUGUUUGGAUGCCAUGGUCAAGGAGGCAAUCAAUUCUUUGAAUAUACUUCAAACAAAGAAAUAAGGUUUAAUUCUGUGACGGAGUUAUGUGCGGAGGUUCCUGAGCAAAAAAAUUAUGUAGGAAUGCAAAAUUGUCCUAAAGAUGGGCUCCCUGUUCCAGUAAACAUAAUUUGGCAUUUUAAAGAAGAUGGAACCAUUUUCCAUCCACACUCAGGACUAUGUCUUAGUGCUUAUCGGACACCCGAGGGCCGACCUAAUGUUCAAAUGAGAACUUGUGAUGCUCUAGAUAAAAAUCAAAUCUGGAGGUUUGAGAAAUAGUAGAGUACAACAGCACUUUCACCAUAAGCUGACAAUAGCUUCAGUAAAAGUCAAAGAGCCUCAGAGAAGAUUGUAUUUUAUCAGAAGUCACCCAACGGUCAUCUGUGAGAGCACGCUGAAGCUGUGGUUCAUUUUGGUAUAUUACACUGAAACUGGGUGCACAGAGUGCUACUGUUUAAUAUUUCAAAGUGCCUUAUGGGUUGUUUUAUUUAAAAGCUUUGUCAAUAUGGUCUCUUACUUCUUUUUAAAGAAGUUGACUGAAUUGAGAUACAAGACAUUUAAGUGCCAGACUUAAUAUUAAAGAAUGUGAAAGUCCAAGCAAAAUGAGGUAUGAUUUGUGUUGAUGGGUAAGUUUACUGCACAUCCUGUUUUUUUAAA